AUGUUAUAUCUCAACUUGAAGGUACUACCUGUAAGGGCUUUGCAAAAGCAAACUGCAACUUCGAGAUCAAUUAGACCUUCAACGACUUUGCAGCACGGUGUGCUUAGUGGAUUAGAUACUCUGGGUAGGACCGGUAUGCGAAACACGUUUGCACAUGCAAUCUUGAUUGUCAAUGUGUUUUUGGGGCAAGUUUGUGGCACUGGAGUUGGGGGCAGCAGCACUGGAAUUGGAGAUGGCAGAUUCAGAUUAGGCUGUGGCAACCCUGUAAUAGGCGGUAUCAUAUGUGGGUUAGGUGGUGACAACCAUGGAAUAGGUGGAAGCAAUGAUGGAUUAGGUGGCGGGAAUCCUGUAAUAGGCGGUACCAAAUUUGGAUUCGGGGGUGUUAACGAAGAUAUAGGUGGAAGCAAAGGUGGGUUAGGCGGCGACAAUCCUGAUAUUGGUGGUAGCAAAAACGAAUUAGGUGGUGACAACAAUGUGAUAGGUGGUGGUAUAAUAUUGGGGGGAGGUUGUGGCAAACCUGUAACUGGUGGUAUAAGAUUUGGGAUAGACGAAGGCGGCAAACGUGCGAUAGGUGGUAUAAGUUUUGGGAUAGACGAAGGUGGAGCACCUGUGAUAGGUGGUAUAAUAAUUGUGAUAGGUGGUAUAAUGUUUGGGAGAUCCGGGAUUGGUGGUGUUAAUGCUGAAACCGAUGGUACCAAAUUUGGGAUAUUUGGAGGUGGUACUAAAUUGAAGACAGGCGGAGGCGACAUCGGCGGGACGAAACUUGGGCUAGGCAUUGACGGAGGUGGCAAUUCAGGUGAUACAAUGCUAGUGAUAGGUGGUGGCAAUAAGGAAAUAGGUGGUACCAAAUUAGAAAUUGUGGGUGUCAGCCAUGGAAUAGGCGGCAGAAUUAUACUGUAUUUUGGUGGUGACGAUAUUCCCGGAAUAGGUGGUAACAACCCUCCUAGCUGA